AUGAAGUCGAAACCUUCUGAGAACCCAAACUCAAAAUCUUCUCCUCAAUUCGUUAUUUCUCCAAUCCCAGAGUCAGUUACUGAAGAAUACAUAAUAAAAAAAAUCCAUUCAAGCGGAUUCAGAGACCCGAUUAUACUGACUUUCCGAAAAAAACAAAAUUUAUUUAUUACCACAACCGACAAGUCUACAAGCCCAACCAAUCUUUUGAUGACAACAAAUACUCAAUUAUCAAAUACUUUAGCGCAAAGUUCUACUGAACGAAUAUCACGAACUGGAUCACCAUCUAAAAAAAUGGGCAAAAGAGUGAGGGUUUUUAAAGUCAAAAUGCAAAACAAACUGAAUUUAUUGCAAGGUUUGCCUUAUCAAAAGUAUGGGAAAAGACUGAUCCAGCACCCUUACUUCCAAAUACAUAUAAUAGAAGAUGAACUGAAACUUCUUUAUGAGAAGCUUAAAAAUUUAAAGUCAAAAUUAAUUGAAAAAUCUAAGCACAAAUUAUUCAAAACAGUCAGAGUAGAAAACCAGCAAAUUUUCAAUGCAAAAUUAGAAGAAACCCUAGGGCUUUUGAAAGAAAUUACAAGAAUUAUUUUAUUUGGUACAUUUUAUUUAGAAUAUGCAGACUGUUUCGAGGAAUGCCAAAUCAAGCCAUAUCCAUACCUCCCUGAUUUCCAAGAAGUAAAUUCUGAGCCAGCAGUUUUUCAAAAUAAUAUAAACCUAUAUCUAGACGCAAUUGAUUCAUUCAAAGGUGCAUUUGCAACUUAUAAAACGCUUGCCAGACAAAUAGACAGAAAAUCUCUUAAUUUGAAAUCUACAAAUACACUGUUUCAGUUACUUGGAAGGCUUAGACUCAAUAUAAGUGAAUUUCUUGAAGAAAUUGCUUUUCAUGAGAACCACCAAAUGCAAAAAUCUAAGCUUUUGGACUCAAUCCUCAGUCUCCAUUCCCUUCCUGAAAUACUAAAUGUCCAAACAACUACAGCUGAAACGCUAAGAAAGCAUCAAUUUAGCCCUGAUUUCGAGAUAAUCAAUAUGAAUAAGACAUCAAAAGAAAUCUUGCAGGCAAUGUAUGACAGCUGAGCAUAUAUUGAAGAUGCAAACGAUCAUGCUGCACCUGAAAAUAAAUUAAAAAACAUAAGCAAAAUUAUGAAUUAUUUGAAAAAGGGAAAGCCGCAGCGGUUUGGCACGAAUUCUCUUUCAGAUAUUAAUUUAAGGCCAAUAUUAACCUCUGAAAGCACAAGCCAAACAAUGAGAGAGAUAAACUCGCCACAGUUUUUCCGAAAUUUUUCAAAUAUUUAUGGCAAUAUAACGGAUCCCAAAAAAUUGGAAAAAGCCAACGUUCCUCAACCUCAAAAUCGACUGACCUCAAGAAGCAAUAGAGAAAUUAAAAAAGCAAUACAAAUUGGUCUGAGGAUGUCGAUAGAGCCAAAAAACUAUACAAAGCUAAGGAAAAUAUUUUCUGAAGAAGAUAAGUAUCUUGUAUAA